AUGGAAUUUAACGAAUUGAUUGAAAAACAUAAAAUUCAAAUGGACAAACAACUCUUAGCGUCUGUAAAAAAACUUUUAAAAUACCAAAGUGGUUUAUAUUAUUUCGUUCAUAAAAGGAAACUUAUAAUUCAAAUAUUUGUUUAUGAACAUCUUUCUGUUCAUGUUGUGAUUCGUUCAGGAAAAGUUCGUUAUUACAUAUACAAAUCUACUGAAGACAUAGACAACCCAUUUAUUGGAAAACAUCAAGAAGCUCAAAAUUCUAACCUCUGGGAGUCAACUUCAUUGUUUGACUCAGUGAUGAGUUUAAUAAAAAACUUAAAAGAUAUUCCAAUAGACUAUAAUAAAAGAAUGAUAGAGUUAGAAAUUUUAAAAACACAGUUACUUAAUAAUAAAAUCUCAGUACAACAAUUUAAAAAUAAAUUUGAUAAGAUUUGUAUUUGUCAGUAUAUGAGAGAUAUAACCAUAACAAGUCUUAAAGAACUUGAAGAAGAAAAAAGAAAGGUCUUAGUUGAAAGAGUUAAGUUUACACUUGAUAAAAUGAAAAAAAAUAAGGCUAUUACAACAGACGAAUAUUACCGAUUUAUUGAUCUGGUAAACAAAAGAGAACAAGAAAAGUAUUUUUAUCAAAAAAUAACUGACCAAUAA